UGAGCGCCUGGCGAGCUGCUCGGCCCGCCGCGUGGAAGAAUCCCCGGCCCUGCCUGCCUGCCCGCGGCCGCCGCCCUCGUCGAGAUGCCGGGCGGGCGGGUGUGCGCUGCCUGCGGCGGCUCCGAGAUCGAGGUGGACUCGGCCCGGGGCGACGCCGUGUGCACUGGAUGCGGUUCGGUGCUGGAGGACAAUAUCAUCGUCUCCGAGGUGCAGUUCGUGGAGAACAGCGGCGGAGGCUCCUCGGCGGUCGGGCAGUUCGUCUCCCUCGACGCAGCAGGAAAAACUCAAACUGUUGGAGGAUUUCAUGUCAACUUGGGAAAGGAAUCGCGGGCACAGACUUUGCAAAAUGGAAAACGCCAGAUCCAUCAUUUAGGGAACCAGCUUCAACUAAAUCAGCAUUGUCUUGAUACAGCCUUCAACUUUUUCAAAAUGGCAGUGAGCAAGCACUUAACGCGUGGGAGGAAGAUGACCCAUGUCAUAGCAGCGUGUCUCUACUUGGUGUGUAGGACAGAAGGCACUCCACACAUGCUGCUUGACCUCAGUGACCUCCUUCAGGUGAACAUCUACGUGCUGGGAAAAACGUUCCUUCUGUUGGCCCGAGAGCUCUGCAUAAAUGCUCCAGCUAUAGAUCCAUGUUUAUAUAUUCCUCGUUUUGCACACAUGCUGGAGUUUGGUGAUAAGAACCAUGAAGUCUCCAUGACAGCUUUAAGGCUCCUGCAGCAGAUGAAGAGAGACUGGAUGCACACAGGUCGACGGCCGUCAGGGCUUUGCGGUGCAGCUCUCCUUGUUGCCGCAAGAAUGCAUGAUUUUAGGCGCACUGUUAAAGAAGUCAUCAGGGUGGUUAAAGUUGGUGAAUCUACAUUAAGGAAAAGACUUACAGAAUUUGAAGAUACACCUGCAAGUCAGCUAACAAUAGAUGAGUUCAUGACCAUUGAUCUGGAAGAGGAAUGUGAUCCUCCUUCAUUUACAGCUGGUCAACGAAAGAUAAAGAUUCAGCAGCUUGAGAAGGAAUUGUCAAAAAAGCUUGAAGAGUUAGAAGGUGAAAUAACAAGCUAUCAAGAUGAAAUAGAGAUUGAAUUAGAAAAUAGCCGGCCAAAAGCAAAAGGAGUUUAUGCAAAUUAUAGUAAGGAUGAUUGCAUAGAAGAUACUAUUUCAAGUAUAUUUGGAGACGAGGAGGGAGAAGAUGAAGAACUGGCGGCAGCUGCAAAUCAUCUGAACAUGGACUUUUAUAAUGAACUUCUUGAUAAAGACAGAUCAAAGGAAAAAGAAACUUCUGUAAGGCCAUCUGCUUUGGAAUCACUUCUUGGACCUCUCCCUACUGCAGCCAGUCUUGGAAUAACAGAAUCUAUAAAAGAGUGUAUAUUGACUAAAGGUCGAGACCACAAUGAAAAUACUGGAGAUGGUGAAUUAGAUCUAAGUGGAAUUGAUGACAGUGAAAUAGAUAUGUACAUACUUAAUGAUUCAGAAGCCAGGAUAAAAGCAGAACUGUGGAUGAAGGAAAAUGCAGAUUAUCUGAAGGAACAAAAGGAAAAAGAAGCAAGAAUAGCAAAAGAAAAAGAGCUUGGGAUUUAUAAAGAACAUAAGCCCAAGAAGUCUGCAAAGAAGCGGGAGCUGAUCCAGGCCAGCACAGCGGGAGAGGCAAUUGAAAAAAUGUUGGAACAGAAGAAGAUCUCAAGUAAAAUUAAUUAUAAUGUAUUAAGGGACCUCAACAGCAAAGGAGGUAGCACAUCAGAGAAAGAUGAUGAUACCACUGUUGACAGCAACAGCAGCAAGAAGUUGUCAAGAAGAAAAUCUCUUGUGAAUCGGAAAGUGGCAAAUUCGGUAAACACCGUAGGGAAAAGGCUAAGACCCUUGAUUUCGACACAGCCAGCCAAAAAGCCGGCCACAGAAGAGGUUGCCUUUCCAAGUACUCAGACAGAAACUGAAAAGGUUGAAAAAUCAGGAACUGUGCUGGUGGAAACUGGGCCAGUAUCUUAUAAUCAUGAGGAGGAUGUGGAAGAAGAAGAAAUUGAAGAGGAGGAGGAUCACUGUGUGAGCGCCCUUAAACUAAUGGGAGGAAAUGAUUAUGGCUGUGAUAUGGAAGAUGAUGAUGGGUAUUGAACCUUUCUGUCUCCAAAUGGAAAUCAUGGGAGAAGCCAGUGGUAGUAAAAACAAUCCUUCCUGCUUUGGAAACAGAUGUUCCAUUUGCUAUGGAUUCCUGUCAGUUUCCAUUGAACUACAGGCAGGCCCUGGAGUUUGGCUUUACAAUACUUGAAAUGUUUCUGAUUUGGAUCAUGCAAUAGGAAAAAGAUUAACUUGAAACAACAAUUCCGAAGGAGAGCCAAAUGACUGGCCACACAUCCCGUUGGAUUCACCAUGUGGUUGACCUUGAUUCAGUAAUAUAUAUUGCUGUAAGGAUGCAUACAAAAAAGAAGAAUUGCUACAGAAUGCUAGACUUCUGUGUGAAUAUAUUUGAGACUUGAACAUUUUUGACUUGAACUGUUUACAUCAGUAAGAUCCUCAAUAACAGAAGCUUGUUCCUGGUAUAACAUCCAUGUUUCUCCAUGGUGCAGAAGUGAUAAUAAGUAUCAAAAUGGGCAGACAGCUUCCUUUGGAAAACAAGCUCAAACAUAUUCUUUGUUUGUUUGUUAAUACUCUCCUAGGAUCAGACCAUUGCUUGCCUGUAGUCUCUAUGCCAGUAUAGGAUAGCAGCUAUAUUUCUUGUUUUUAAUUCCUUAAAAAAAGUUGCUGUAUUAGAGUGGAAACCUCAUAGGCGUUGCUGUUGUUCAAAGCUUCUUCGUGAGGAGAGUUAUGCUGAGUUCCAAGGAAAUUAAGGUCUUCCUUUCACUCACUGCUGCUAUUAGAGAUGGGGCAAGCAAAGGGUGGGCUGAUGAGGAGGAAGGAAAGCUCAACAGAUCGACAUUUGACACUCAAUUCUUCUGACUGAGGACCAUCUCACAAGCUUUCUGUUUCCCAUCAAAGUUUUUUAAAUUUCAGAAAUAAGAUACUGCUUAUCUCAGGGCAAUCUGUUAUCUUGGCACAAGGGUCAGAUUUGUCUCCAAGGUGAUGUCUUUGUUUUGUUUGUUUUGUAGCAAGUAAUUUCAAAUAUAUUUUUUUAUGUAAAGUAAUUUCACAUUAUUUAAUGGUGUCAUUAAGGAUGUAUUUAUAGCUCACAGUAUAAGAGCUUCACCUAUCACUAUUUUAUCAAUUGAUCAGUUGCUAUAACUAACAACCUCAGAAAUGUAAAACAAACCAUUACUUUCCAGUCCUAAAUUCUACAAGACAGAUCUGUCUUGAUUCUCAUCCACACUGGUCUGCAAGUUGGAUCUGAUUCCUUUAAUUUUUUUUUUGCACCUCUGCAUUUAUUUGUUAUUAGAAGCAGAAAUAUUAAUGCCACUUUUCAUCCUUCAAUGAACAAAUAAGGGUAUACAAAGUAGCUUUAUGGAAAAUAGAUUCCUUCCUGUUUAAACAAAAGACAUCCAGUUUUUCAUGUUGGUCUUCAUUAGCCAAACUACCUCUUUUUGCUGUUGCUUAGCUAUAUUGAUUCAAGGAUGAUGCUUUUAUUUCUUCCACUUGAAGAGUGAAGUGGAAACUAAUUUCUUCCUUUGUUCCCAAGGCCUGGAUCUCAAAUGGCAAACUGUGUCUUAAUUAUACUGUUUCAGAUUCCAAAUGGGAAAUCAUUUGAGGAAAUGGCAUUCCAUGCAAAUGAUCCUUUCCAGAUAGACAACUUAGCAUGGUAGAGAGAAAUACUGGCAUUUUUUACACAGAAAAGCUUUCAAUCAAUAACACUUGACACACAGAGUCACACACUCUAUGCUUGCAGUCUAAAUGGUUUGGGCCAGGUACAGAUUUACCACUUUAUUAAAUUAAACCCAAGGUGCUGGUUAACGCUCAGCAAUAUGUACAAGAAGAAGAAUAUGGUCAGUCUAGUGGGCUAUUCUUGUAUGAUGGGGCUUUAUCUUGGCACUGAAUUAUUAUAUUAGUACUUGUAAAAUUACAGCUCUUUUUUCAAUAGCACUUUGUCCACUUUUAUUUUGAUAAAGAUUGUUAUGGCAACAUAAUUUAUUCACUGCUAGAGAAACAAGCAAAACAAAUGCUUUUUUGUAAGCACUGAAUUAGGAGUUUGCCAACAAUUAGCCUGAGCAGCUGCUGCUUUGCCUUAUGGCAGGGAUGAGAAACCUGCAUCCCUCCAGAAGUUGCUGAACUACAACUUUUUGCAGCCCCAGCCAGCAUGGCCAAUGGUGAGGGAUGCUGGAGGCUGUCAUCCAACACCAUCUGGAGGACCACAGGUUUCCCAUCUCUGUCUCAUGGGUUCAUUUGUUUCCAAAGAGAUGUUCCAAAAGAGGUAAAACUUUUAUUCAGUGACUUUACCACCUCACUUCAUUUGAGAGAAUGAAAGUCUCUCUCAGACUUCCUGAUACACAUUGCUACUGAUUCAGAGAAGGUAUUAUAUUGACAGAGGAAAAAUAAAACACCUAUGAAAUUCAUGAUUUUGGAAUAAGAUGAUGAUAAUGUUUGUGUCCCAGAUCAAUUUCAUAGUAACCCCACACGAAACCCCAAUCUGCACUUAUGCAUGGCAAGUUUCUUUUUCAGGUGUGCUUCCUCAGCACAGAUUCUCCAAAGCAACGCCAUAUUGACAACACUCUAGGAUAGUUUUUUUCAAACUUGCUGGCUGGGGAAUUCUGGGCGUUGAAGUCCACACAUCUUAAAGUUGCCAAGGUUGAGAAACACUGGUCCAGAUGUUUGCCCAGAUGGGAUAAUCCUAUAUCUGUGGACCAAACUAGAUCCAAUAUUUGCAUUUGCUAUUUGUAUACAGUACUUUCCACAAGUCACAGCUACUGUGAAGUCAAACAGAUAAUUAUUGGUAUUUUAGCAGGCAGGGAACAGGGCGUAACCUUUUCUUUCUUGUAGAGAUCCUGAUGCAAAUCACUUCUUUGAAGCUCUUGUUUCUAUUUGAGAGAGACCUUCACUGGCACUAAUAGGACUUUUCCUUCCAGUGUAAAUAGCAGCUCUGGAAGAGUGGUAUUGUAGCAAGGAAAGAAGUUAGAUUCCUCUUUCUGCCUCCUGCAGCCUGAAUCAGCUCCUCUUUUCACCCCUUCCCAAGGAACUACUAUUUUGCAUUUUUAAAAAGUAAGCAAAAUGCCUUUAAUAUCUAGUUGGUCCCAUUUUCAUAAACUGAAGAUAAUCAAUAGAUCUCAAGGAGGCAGCAGCUUCUACAUCAGCAUUCUGCAUUCAGAGUCCUUUGUACUACAGCUUCUUUGUACUACAGUUCCCAUUAGAUCCAGCCAGUCUUAUUUAUUUAUUUAAUUUUUUUAUCCCACCUUUAUUAUUUUUAUAAAUAACUCGAGGGGAACAUACCUAAUACUCCUUCCUCCUAUUUUCCCCACAACAACCCAGUGAGGUGAGUUGGGCUGAGGGACAGUAACUGGCCCAAGGUCACCCAGCCGGCUCUCAUGCCUAAGGUGGGACUAGAACUCACAGUCUCCUGGUUUCUAGCCUGGUGCCUUAACCACUAGACCAAACUGGCUCUUAUAAUGGAAGAUGUAAACUAGAGAUGGCUUCUUCAUGCGGCCAUGCUGGGGGGUGAGAGGGAUUGUUUUUGUUUUUCCUUCCAACUACACAUUUGGGGCAUUGACCAUUGUCUUGUGGGUGCAGAAAAAUAUUAUUUGAAGUUACCUUUGCAUAUUUAUGGCCUUUCCAACCUGCAUCAAUGUUUAUGAUUCAUUUAA